AUGGAUCCGAAUGUGCAGUUGACGAAGACGAAGGAUGGUGAAACAACCAAUCAUCCAUUCAAGGAACUGCUAGGAUAUUUGCAGUAUCUGGCUCUUUCGACGAGGCCGGACAUUUGUGCCGCGGUCAGCGCACUCAGCAAGUUUCAAACGAAGCUUUCCGAUGCGCAUUGGUCGGGACUAAAGCGGAUUCAACGAUAUCUGCGUGGUACGAUGGAGACAAAGCUGGUCUACACUAAGGGGGUAGAGAACCCUGUUUUACUGGGAUAUGCCGAUGCCGACUUUGCAAACGAUAUCGAUGACAGAAAGUCUAUUUCUGGUCAUGCAUUCAAGGUAUUUGGUAAUCUGGUUUCGUGGUCAACGAAACGUUAA